AUGGCCCAAUUCCCUUCUUAUCUUCUCCUCCUCACCACCGGCGCUCUGCUAAUUUUUCCGGCGACCUCCCAAACCUGCAGAUCUCAGACGUUCAACCAAACAAACAUCCGGUUCGCGAACUGUACGGACCUCCCCACCCUUCGGGCUCAACUCCACUGGACUUACGACCCGUCGGCCCGGCCCGAUCCGACACUGGACGUCGCCUUCGUCGCCCCCCCGGCGGGCCCCGACGGCUGGAUCGCCUGGGCACUCAACCCAACGGCAACCGGAAUGGUCGGCGCACAGGCCCUGGCGGCGUUCAGGGGCGGCGCCGACGGGUCCGUGGUGGUGCGGACGUACAACAUCUCGUCGAAGGGCCCGAUAGCCGAGUCGCCGAUAGUGUACGGCGUCCUACGCCGGAGAGGGGAGUACUCUGGCGGCGAGAUGAGGAUAUUCGCCACGCUGGCGCUGCCGGCGGCGCACGCGGCGGGGCUGAACCAGGUGUGGCAGGUGGGGGCGGCGGUGAGGAACGGCGUGCCGGCAAGGCACGAGGGCGUGACUUGA